AUGUGGACUGAGUCAACAAAAAAUCCCCUGAAGCCACGCAAUUCACCAUCGGCCAAGGUCGAGGCCCUGCUUCGAAAUAUUAGAGACAAACACACAAGCUUCGGGUCGGGCGCGCAGCCAGCUAAAGCCGUUAUCUUCAGUCAGUGGACAAAAAUGCUCGAUCUUGUAGGGGAUGCCUUCAGAGCGAACGGCCUGAAAUUUCAGCGUAUCGAUGGGCAGUUAUCACUUCACCAGCGUAAAGCGGCUUUAGAAUCUUUUGGCAAUGAUCUAGAGUGCAACAUAAUGCUCGCGAGCAUCGGUGCUGCUGGAGAAGGAAUAGAUCUCACCGCUGCGAACUCAGUCCACAUUAUGGAACCUCAUUGGAACCCUAUGGCAGAGGCUCAGGCAAUAGACAGGGUUCAUCGAUUCGGGCAACUAAGAGAGGUUGAAGUUGUGAGGUACAUUGUCAACGAGUCAAUCGAACAUUAUGUUCAAGAGAUCCAAAGACAAAAGUUGAGGGUGAUUAAAAAUACCCUUUCUCCGUCUGAGGAGCGUUCUGAGAAAAUUAAUACCGAGCGAUGGAAGAUAUUGUGCCAAUAUUUAGAUUAA